CUCCAGAGCUUUGACAACCCUGGAAUACACAUCGAUUAACGUAGCUGAAAAUUGUUUUAUGUUUAAUUAAAGACAGGCGGAUUAUACGAGAACUAUUUGGUGUUAUGAGCGUUAAGUAGUCGCCACCGAUUUCCAGCCAGGACCUUUGUUACUGUUAUAUCCUUGUACCGAUUGCCUACUCCUUGAAAAGGAAGCAAAUUGCUUAGUGCUUCUGUGUUGGACACUCACUUUUCAUCAGUGGGAGCUUUGGAGAAAAUAAAAUUCUGGACCAGCCGCAACAUGACGACGAAACACAUUUAUUCCACGACCAAUUUAUCAGAUCUGCAGCUCAAGGAGCAGGGCAAUUGUUUAUUUGCAGCCCGGAAAUAUGACGACGCAAUAAACUGCUACUCAAAAGCCAUCAUUAAAAACCCCACAAACGCCACCUACUUCACAAAUCGUGCCCUCUGCAACCUGAAACUCAAGCGUUGGGAGCUGUGCUGCCAAGACUGUCGUCGAGCUUUGGACAUCGAUGCCAACCUUCUGAAAGGACACUUCUUCCUGGGCCAAGGACUAAUGGAAAUCGACAGCUUUGACGAGGCCAUAAAGCACCUUCAGCGGGCUUAUGAUCUGUCCAAGGAACAAAAGCAAAACUUUGGGGAUGAUAUUACACUCCAGUUGCGACUAGCUCGCAAAAAACGUUGGAAUGUCUUGGAAGAAAAGCGAAUACACCAGGAAAUCGAACUGCAAAGCUAUUUGAAUCGGCUAAUAAAAGGAGAUAUGGAAAACCGUUUGGCUCAUUUAAAGCUAAAUGAAAAUCCGCAUGAAGAGCAGCUAAAGGACAAGCAGCAGGAAAUUGAACAAGAGUGUGAUGACCAUAUAAAAGAACUAAACAAUAUAUUUUCUAAAGUUGAUGAACGCCGAAGGAAACGCGACGUUCCCGACUUUCUGUGUGGCAAAAUUAGUUUUGAGAUAUUAACGGACCCUGUGAUAACUCCAUCUGGAAUUACCUAUGAACGUAAAGAUAUUGAAGAACAUUUACAGCGGGUUGGUCAUUUUGAUCCAGUUACACGCGUGAAGCUUACUCAGGAUCAAUUAAUACCAAACUUUUCAAUGAAGGAAGUGGUUGACUGUUUUAUUGCUGAGAACGAAUGGUCUUUAGAUUACUGAGUAAAAUAUUAUGGCAUUAUCAUUGUAAUUGAUUAGAUGUUAAAACCCCCGUUCCCAUUGUCUAAAAACCAGAAUAGUGAUAAUAAAUGUGGAUCUGCAAGUGA